CAAGAUGGAAUUUCUGGCCAUAAUUAACACAAUAUGGUAAUCAAGGCAUGCAGGCAAAAAAGAUAGAUGUGCCUGCCUACCAUCCAAUUAAUAAUCCAUGGCUUCUAAAACUUUUUGGGUAGCUUUAAAUUUUGAAAUCAAAACAAAAUAUUAUUUCAUUAUAAAUAUUGCUAAUCAUUCAUGAUCAUCACUAUGUUCUAAUAAGCCUUUCUUUCCCUCUUUGGUUUUUAAUAAAUAAAUAAUAUCAUCAUGGAGGUCUCAUCAGUUUGCACCUUUUCAUUUCAAACUAAUUAUCAUACUUUAUUAAACCCUCACAAUAAGAAUCCCAAAAACUCAUUAUUAUCUUAUCAACACCCCAAAACACCAAUAAUUAAAUCCUCUUAUGAUAAUUUUCCCUCUAAAUAUUGCUUAACCAAGAACUUCCAUUUACUUGGACUCAAUUCACACAACAGAAUAAGCUCACAAUCAAGGUCCAUUAGGGCAGGUAGCGAUCAAAUUGAAGGUUCUCCUCAUCAUGAAUCUGAUAAUUCAAUAGCAACUAAAAUUUUAAAUUUUGGACAUACUUGUUGGAAACUUCAAAGACCAUAUGCAGUAAAAGGGAUGAUUUCAGUCGCUUGUGGUUUGUUUGGGAGAGAGUUGUUCAAUAACAGACAUUUAUUCAGUUGGGGUUUGAUGUGGAAGGCAUUCUUUGCUUUGGUGCCUAUAUUGUCCUUUAAUUUCUUUGCAGCAAUCAUGAAUCAAAUUUACGAUGUGGACAUCGACAGGAUAAACAAGCCUGAUCUACCACUAGUUUCAGGGGAAAUGUCAAUUGAAACAGCUUGGAUUUUGAGCAUAAUUGUGGCACUAACUGGGUUGAUAGUAACUAUAAAAUUGAAAUCUGCACCACUUUUUGUUUUCAUUUACAUUUUUGGUAUUUUUGCUGGGAUUGCCUAUUCUGUUCCACCAAUUAGAUGGAAGCAAUAUCCUUUUACCAAUUUUCUAAUUAUCAUAUCGAGUCAUGUGGGCUUAGCUUUCACAUCAUAUUCUGCAACCACAUCAGCUCUUGGUUUACCAUUUGUGUGGAGGCCUGCUUUUAGUUUCAUCAUAGCAUUCAUGACAGUUAUGGGUAUAACUAUUGCUUUUGCCAAAGAUAUAUCAGAUAUUGAAGGCGACGCCAAAUAUGGGGUAUCAACUGUUGCAACCAAAUUAGGUGCUAGGAACAUGACAUUUGCUGUUUCUGGAGUUCUUCUUCUAAACUACUUGGUUGCUAUAUCUAUUGGAAUAAUUUGGCCUCGGGUUUUCAAGAGUAACAUAAUGAUACUUUCUCAUGCAAUCUUAGCAUUUUGCUUAAUCUUCCAGACUCGUGAGCUUGCUCUAGCAAAUUACGCCUCGGCGCCAAGCAGACAAUUCUUCGAGUUUAUCUGGUUGCUAUAUUAUGCUGAAUACUUUGUAUAUGUAUUUAUAUAAGACCAUAAUAUAACAUAUAUAUGUUUAUUACAUAAAAUUGGGACACAAAAACGUCAAUUAUUUGGACAAAAGUACUCAGAAAGACCUCUUUCACUACAAGGGGAGGCCAUUUAGUUAUACUUGGGUUUCAAUCAACAAAUUUAUAAAUUUUUAAGAUUUUAUUUACAAAACAUUUUCAUGUGUAAUUAAAUCGAUCGUCAUUUAUUUUUUGGAUACAA